AGAGAGAAAUGGACGAAAAAGGCUUAGAAGAAUUGACCGAAAAGUUUAUUCGCCAGUUUCAAAAUAUACUCACCAAGACUAAACUUAGUUCUAUUGAGAAAUUGCCUUAUAUGACCAUGAUUAAAGAACUACUAAUUAAUCUUCCUGACCGCCAAAAAAUCGAAAAAAAUAUUGACGAGGAAACCAAAAAAAAUAUCAAAAAUCAGCAAGAGGAGUAUUACUUACGGGAAAAAUUGAAAGAAAUUAAAAAAAAACUGGGUGACAACGAAGGGGAUAAAGAAAUGAAAAAGUAUUUAGAGCAAUUAGAAAAGGAGCCUUAUCCCGAACACACAAAAAAAGUGGUUAAAGAGGAAAUUAAACGCUACGAGACAAUGCCAAUUUAUUCUAGUGAGGCCAAUAUUAUUAGACAACAAAAAUUAAAUGAGAAACAUUAUGGUUUAAAAGAGGUUAAAGAAAGAAUUAUUGAGUAUUUAGCAGUUAAUCAAAUAGCCAAAAAGCCCCUGGGGCAAAUUAUUUGUUUAGUGGGUCCCCCAGGAAUAGGAAAAACUUCCCUAGCUAUCUCCAUUGCUGAAGUAACCGGGAGAAAGUUUGUUCGUAUAUCCUUAGGAGGAGUACGAGAUGUAGCAGUAAUCCAAGGACAUCGCCGCACUUAUAUUGGUGCGAUGCCAGGUCGGAUUAUUCAGGGUAUGAAAGAAGCCAAAGUAAUCGACCCUCUAUUUUUAAUUGACGAAAUUGACAAAAUUUCUUCUGACUAUCAUGGCGACCCUUUUCAUGCUCUCCUGGAAGUUUUAGACAUUAACUUAAAUAAAGAGUUUACUGACCAUUACUUAGGUAUUCCUUAUAAUCUUUCCCAAGUCAUGUUUAUUUGUACGGCUAAUAGUGUAGCGGACUUGCCACGGCCCUUGUUAGACCGAAUGGAAGUGAUAUUUCUCCACUCUUAUACGGAAAUCGAGAAGUUUCAUAUUGCCACCGAGCAUUUAAUUCCUGAAAAUCUGGAAAAUUAUAACUUGCCUGCUGCCCCAGUUUUUCAAGACCAAGCGGUCAGAGACAUAAUAAAAUAUUAUACCCGAGAAGCGGGAGUGAGGGAACUAAACAGGAAAAUCCAAACUAUUAUUCAGAAAUUUAUUGUGCAACUUAUGGAGAAAAAAAAAGAAAAGUUAAUUAUUACUCCUCAUAAUCUUAUUGAUUAUUUAAAAAAGAAAAAUUAUGAUUUUACCCAAAAACAAAAGCGCUCCCAAGUGGGAGUAGCCACUGAGGGCGAAUUAGAAUUAACGGGAAACUUGGGCGAUAUUAUGAAAGAGUCAGCCCAUAUUGCUCUUAACUACGUGCGGGCUAAUCAUAAAAAGUUUGGCAUUAGUUCCGAAGUCUUUUCUCAGAGUGGUGUUCAUAUUCAUGUUCCCGAAGGAGCUACUCCCAAGGAGGGACCUAGUGCUGGCAUUGCCUUAACUUCGGCCAUUAUUUCCGUCCUGACGGGGCGAAGCAUUUCCCGCGAUUUAGGAAUGACGGGUGAAAUUACUUUACACGGUCAUGUUGGAGAAAUUGGUGGUUUAAAAGAAAAAGCUAUUGCCGCUCGCCGCAGCGAAUUAAAAACUAUUAUAAUUCCCAAAGCCAAUGAGAAAGAUAUUGAAGACAUUCCGUUGGAAGUUCGCCAAGAACUUAAAAUUAUUCCCGUGGAAGAGUAUCGCGAACACAUCCAAGCCGAAUAUCAGGAAGGAGCGGAUUACAGGUUUGUCGGUGAAAAACAAUUUGAAAAGCACGGAACAGCAAACAUUCGAAUACUUUCGCCUUCCCUAAAAAAGAUUUGUCGCGAAAAGUUUAAUUUUCCUCUUGGGGUUAAUGAUUGUUUAGAUUAUGAAAAAAUUGACAAUGAGGAGAGUGAUUUCUUUUAUCGAGUUCAUAAUUUUGACGGCGAUUGA